CUUUCCCGUCUCAGUUGAGCUUCCGAGGCUUUACAGUUCGGCGUGUCUAUCAGUUAUAAUUCGCUUGGGUUACAUCUCCCUAUACUUGCUCAACGGUCUGCUGUAAAAAAAAAAAAAUGUAAAAUGUUCGUAUUUCGUGUUCCCCUGUCGGUUUUCUUUAUUUCAAUCAACUUCAUCGGAAGCUGGACAGUCUUAUUCACAGGGGCCAGCUGUUUGCAAAUCAUUGAGUUCUCUGUGCCGGAAGCCGUCAAAAUGGGCGAAGACCAUCAAUUAAUUUGCCAAUAUCAACUGAAUAGUGCCGAAACUCUUUACUUUCUCCGCUGGUAUAAGGACGGCAAUGAAUUCUUUCGUUAUAUGCCCAAAGAAACUCCAGCGCACCGCAUUUAUAACGUCUCAGGCGUUAGAAUCAAGACUCAAUCGUCGAGUUCUACGAACGUGUUGCUAACGAACGUGGACGCUGCAACGAGUGGUCUCUACCGCUGCGAAGUUUCCGCCGAAGCACCGGGAUUCGAGACAGCUGACCGAGAAGCACAGUUUUAUGUCAUAGAUGGGCCUAAAGGACACCCGUUUGUAACGGUGUCGAAAGGCGUUGUCGACGAGAGCAUGGUCAACGAAACCAUAAUUGCCAAUUGCAGUGGAAUGGAGGCGACGCCAGCUCCGCAACUUUCCUGGUCUUUGGCAUCUAUUCCAAUUCCCGCAGAGAAACAGUUUAUCACGCAUUCGGUUCAGAAUGGCAUCAUCGAUUCCUUAAGAUUGAAACGAACUAGUUCUACGCUCCGUUUGCCAAUGUAUUGGAUCGCAAGCUUCAUUGAUAAACUGGAAAGAACGAGGGGCCUGAACGCUUUCACCCAAGGCCACUUCAUCGUCUUACCGCUUCGAUGUACCUCACACAUCCUCGGCUUGUUCGAAGAGUCGGAUACAUCUGAUAUUAGAGUCCUAAGAAAUCUGUCCUCUACCACGUCUCCGACUGUACCUGGAAAUCGUGUUGCUGUCAAAUUAGCUAAACCAUCUCCAAAUUCCUCAGCCGCCAGUGCCAAUACUCGGCACGGAGCUUUUACGAAUGGUUCCUCAUCCAUCGCCAGAAUUCUAGAUCUGACUUUGAUGGGAGUCGUUCUGACAUCAUCAACGUGGUUUGCUCAUCAUUGUUGACAGUUACAAAUGUCAAACCCGAAAAUAGAUUUUGCAGUCAAUCUGGAAUGAAGCAGAUCACCAACGUUUACUGAACUAUGCGGAAAUUUCUAGCACAUAGCCAACUCAUUUCAAAACAUAACCUGCCAGUUGACGAUGACCUUUUUUCAUUAGGAUUAUUAUUUAUUUGUCAGACUGUUGUUCUCGUUUUCAUGUUUUUUUUCUUCUCUAAUGUUGAUAUCAUUGCUUUGAGAAAACAAAGUUUAAGCAUAAAAAACAUACAAGGAACGACGUUUCAAUGUUAUUUCUUUCGUAUAAUUUUCCGAAGCAUUCCCGGCUAUUGUAACAUAAGCUGAAUCCUGUAAUCACCUGCAGAAUGGAACUGGAAUAAACGGUCACAAAAUCUUU